AUUCUCAGGCAGCUCUAAGGAGAAUUCUUAUCACAGUUCAAGUGAUUUCCAGAAGUUCCAGGGCUUCUGAGAGACCAUCAAGGGAACUUUAACAACUUGACAAAUGUCCUUGAAGUAAGAUGUCUCAUCUUUAGGGAAAAAUGGGGUUUGGAUUUCUGCUUAGGCAAAGUCUCCUGCAGUUCAUCCUUCUCUGUCCUCUUCUUGCUUCAGGCUUGGGGACCGUCCCUACUGUCCCCACUGUGGUGGCAAUCAUGACCUAAGGUAAAGCAAACUUGAAGUUCUAUCUGACAAGUUUAGGCAGUAAGAGAAGGAGGGAAAUUGGAGCAAAGCUCCCUCACUUUAUUGUUGAGAAACUGGCAUCUGGAAAGAAGAAGGAACUUGCCCAAAGUCAGUCAGCUGGGAUAAAAACCUGGGUGUCCUGAUCCUCAGUGCAGGGCGCUUUCUGCUCUGUAGCAAGGCAACAGGCAUCUUUGAGCCAGGCCCACAAACAGGCCCUUAUCUGGUGGUUGGAUCAUGAUCCUAGAUGAGGGAUCCCAUCCCAUUUUGCUUGGACAUGCUCUUAGGAAGAUAAAAACCGUGGAGAAACACUAGGCCAUUGACAAAUGAUCUGAGACAACUUUAGAAAACAAUGUGGGAUGGCUGGAAAGAGAAAGAAAGAGAGAGAAAGAAAGGAAAGAAAGAGGAAAGAAAGAAGGAAAGAAAGAAAGAAAGAAGGAAGGAAGGAAGGAAAGAAGGAAGGAAAGAAGGAAGGAAGGAAUAUAGUGUGUAUAAAUACUGCACUCAACAUUUUCCAAAUUCUUGCCAUUAUUUUUAAAAAGUUUAAUAGUUUGCAGAAAUAGAUACUCAAGCCAAAGUCUGUUUUAGAGAAACUUUCCAUGGAAAGUCAGAAUUUCUACCACUUCCUUUUCUAUCCACAUUUCCAGUGCAGAAGAAACUGAGAAACAGAGCUUUUUGAAGAGAGGACAGGGCCAUAGCCACAAGGGCCUUCUUGGGGGAUUAACGGGAGGUCAGUAGAAUUAAUAACCCUCCUUGGAUAAGUGCUACUGUUCUCACGUGGCUUCAGAUGCUAUCAACCUUAAAGAAAUGAUCUCAACAGAGAGGCUCAUUCUCUCCCAACUUCUACGGUAAAAUCCAGGAGUAUUUUCUCUGGGGAUCUGCCCACAGGACAAAGUCCAUAAAAGCAAAUCCUGUCUGGAUCAUGUGGUUAUCUGAAGCAUUAGCCAUCACCAGCACAACAAACGGGGCAGGGCUUUCCAAGGUGGGGCUGGUCAGAAGGGAAUCUUUGCUAAGAUUCCCACAGGCAGGGAAAGCGAAAUAGGGUUGAUGAGACCAGGGGAGACCUAAAAAAAGGCAGCUUUGUGUCUUCUAGCUCCAAAUAUACCUGCCUUUUAGCUCACACACUGUCCUGGAGUUCUCAGACCUUUAGGGGCCCUAACACAGUUCAGUAUAUACAGGGGUUCAAAAGGGACAGUGGCCAUUUGGGAGAC